AUGGCCAACGCACUUAGCAUGGAGCUGAAGAACGACUGCGUUAUCGUCAACAACGACCUUAAGAUCUCUUUCCAACGCACGAUCCGCGUCCCGGACAACAAUCAAACGUCCUUCCUGCCACCAAACCUGGGCGCAUUUCCUAUCAAGCCUGUUUCUCAACACGUUAACAAGCUCCCUGCUGCGAUGAGUGCGAAGGGAGGGGUGUUCUUCCCCAUGCACCAGUCAGAAGCUAUGUGGAUCGACUUCACAGUCGACAAGCGACAAGCCUACCUGAUUAAGAUCUACGUCGGUGGUGUCAACGCGAUUUCGGGUGAGUCUGCAGUCGAGGAUGCGAGUACGCGACUUCGUCGCCAGCAGAAACAAGCCAACCAGUCAAGUCUCCAGGACUACAUCGUCGUCCCCGGACAGCGCUGGCUUGAUGGUAUCGCAGCUUCCGACGGUACUGUCCGUCAAUUUGUCAGCAUGCCAUUCGGCAGUAGACACUCUGUCGAGCAUCAGGUGACGGGUAGGGACGCUGCAGGUGGUAUUCAAAUCGAAGUCACGCCGUACAAGCCGUAUCAGAGGCCAGUUGUGCUGUCCAGGCCAGAAUACGGACACAUUAUCUAUGUCAAGUCGAUCUAUGGCGAUGUCAUUACGUUGAAAACCCGCAAGGAUGCGUCAAUAAACACUCUGAAAGCCAUGAUCUGCCACCAGGAAGGCCAUCCGCCAGACGAGCAACGACUCAUCUUUGCAGGCAAGCAGCUAGAAGAUUACAGGACACUCGCUGAUUAUAAUAUCGGUUCGGAAUCCAUGAUGCACUUGGUAUUUCGCCUCCAAGGCGGCGGCGGAUACGAGAUGACGGUUGCAGCUGGGGGAAAGAUCCAACAGGUGAUAAAAGCUGACAAGAACGGCGAGGGCUGGCUGUCAGAUCGUACUACAGUCUUUAACGUACAAAUUCUCAACGCCGCCGUCUAUAAAGCUGUGACUGGCGACGCUCCUCCUUCGAAGCCUCCCAACGCCGAGACGUACAAGGAAAACGGUCUACCUUUCUUCAAGAUGUACGAAGAGCCUAGUGGCAUCUCUGGAGACUUCGGUCUUGUGAAAUCCGUCGCGCAGAUUGAUGAGACUGAGGAGGAAGAAGUGAAACCCAACGUCAUUUUCAUCGGACAUGGUGAUGGGCGUAAAGCUGACUCUGACCCUGUCCCUACCGUUGGCCUCACCAACCCUAACGGUCCGCUUCGCGAGUUCCGUACCCUCUGUGAUCUGGUGAAGGAGUACGGUGGAUAUCACGUUGCAAGGUUCUAG